CGCAAGGAGACAUACUCUUCAUACAUCUACAAAGUCUUGAAGCAAGUCCACCCCGACACUGGUAUCUCCAACCGUGCCAUGUCGAUCCUGAACUCCUUCGUCAAUGACAUCUUUGAGCGCGUCGCCACCGAGGCCUCCAAGCUUGCAGCAUACAACAAGAAGUCAACCAUCUCAUCCCGAGAGAUUCAAACAUCCGUGCGGCUCAUUCUUCCUGGCGAACUUGCAAAGCAUGCCGUAUCAGAAGGUACAAAGGCUGUGACCAAGUACUCGUCGUCU